AUGAAUAGCAGAGGGCACGGUCAUCGCAGUCGCUGCUGCUGCCUGUUUCUGCUGUUGUCGACGUUUCUCGAUUGUGCCAUGGCUACGCCGGAAAUGGGCACCGCAAAGGCACUGGCACCGGCGGCCAGCGGUUUCGCUGGACUUUGUCCGAGCGACUGCCACUGCCUUGAACAACAAGAGACCGGCCGACUGAAGGUGACAUGCGACUGGCCGGCCAUCACUGCCCAACCGAAUGCGUUUGCCGAUUUUCCGAGCAACACCAUGUACAGUCUGUCACUGAGUUGCAACAAGUUCAAGCCGGGUAUGUUUUCGAGUUUCAUGCACCUCGAGCACUUGGCGAUCAGCCACUGUCGCAGCGAUGACGGCUUUCUGCCGUUGGGAUUCGCGCAUGGUUUGUAUCAUUUGAAAACAUUGGAUAUCGAGGACAUACGGCUCCGGGACGGCGGUCCGUUUCAUAUCCAGCCGAAGGCGUUCGACUCGCUGCAUAAGCUGGAGAAAUUACGGUUGGUGAACAGCAACGUCGGGGCGAUCGCCAAAGGUAUGUUCUGCAGAUUAACGGAACUGAAGUCACUGAACGUUUCUGGCAACGCAAUAAGCGAUUUCGGAAGCAUGGGCUUCGACGGCUGUGCCAGCGGCGACAACCAGCUCAUGAUCCUGGACGUCAGCGGCAACCGCAUCGUCGACCUGGCGCCGAACGCCUUCGACCACCUCGGUAACCUGCACGUGUUAAACAUGCAGGCGAACGGCAUGCAACGAAUCGACGAACGCGCAUUUCAGCGCCUAGAAAAACUGCAAGAGCUGAGGUUAGCCGGAAACAGGAUCGUGCGGUUGCCCCGACUACCCCGAAAGCUGCAGCUGCUUGACCUAUCGGAAAACCUCCUCAAGGACAUUCCUAGCAGUUGCGGCGGCGGUGACUCAAACUUCGAAAAUCUGUUACAAUUGAAUCUGAGCCAUAAUCACAUUACGUCACUGAAUCACUCGUGCUUCGAUUCAGCCCAGCAUUUGAAGUCGGUGGAUUUUAGCUUCAACCAACUGACGACCAUUGCCGACGGCGUACCCCACCAAUUGCCGGCCGUUGAAGAGAUGUACCUGUGCAACAACAACAUCGAACGGUUCGAAUUCGCUGCUUCAGCGUAUGACGCCUAUGGUCAGCUAGUUUAUCUUGACUUGAGCCACAACCGGAUCGCCCACGUACGGCAGCCGGCGGUGGGUCUGCCUCGACUGACGACCCUGAUCUUCAGACACAAUCGGAUUUCGAGCGUUGACGAUCGGGCAUUCGCAACCAUGCCGAAACUACGACGCCUGAACCUGGCCGAAAACCUGCUGAGUGAGAUCCCGGUGGCGCUGGCCAUGCUUUCGAACCUGUCGUCGUUGGACGUGUCGCGAAACCGACUACAACAUGUUCAGAAGUUCGUCUUCGACCAGAUGUCCGGUCUGCAGACGUUGACGCUGUCCGAGAACGCGAUCUCGACCAUCGACCGACAUGCAUUCCGCAACUGCUCCUCCCUUGAGAGCCUCGACCUGUCGACGAACGCCAUCAGGGAGCUGUCGAUCAACUGCUUCGAUGGGGUCGUCAACUUGAAGCACCUGCGCCUGCAGAUGAACGCCCUCGGCGACAUCGCAGCCGUGCUGGUGAACCUGCAGCGACUCAUCACUCUCAACGUUAGCAACAACCAGAUCAGGAGUGUCGACUUCGGCCUGCUGCCGCCGGGCCUGCGCCAGCUGUACGCGAGCCAUAACCGCAUCGAGGUGAUUACCAACUUCCUGCAGAGCAUGCGGCCGAGUGGCGUUCGUCACGCCGACUUUUCCUUCAACAACCUGCGGCAUUUACAGGCGCAUUUCCUGCCGCCGUCGCUCGAGACGCUGAACGUCAGCCACAACGUAAUCGACGAAAUCACCGGUCACCUGUAUUCGCAGGACAAGGCAAACUACACGAUAUUCGAGAUCCACGGGAUGGUGGCCGUUCAGCCGAUCGUCUUCCUGCGCGGUAACCCGCUGUCUUGCUCUUGCCGCAGCCAGUGGCUGAGCGUGGACUCGGAGCAGUCUUACUCGGGCACGUUAAAGCAGCACAACCUGCAGCGACUAGCCAAUUUCCACUUCCUAUGCGCUUACCAUAAUCUGUGCGCAGACGAUUGCGUGUGCUGUGAGUUCGAGAGCUGCGAUUGCAAGAGCAUCUGUCCGGCGGCCGGUUGCACGUGUCUGCACGACUUCGCGCACAAGAUCAACGUUGUCGAGUGCCGUCACCAACGCCGCAAUGCUGUAUCGCCGAGGAACAUCCCGAUGCGGGCGACCGACAUCUUCCUGGAUGGCACCUACUUCUUUAGUUUGGAGCGACAUGCAUUUUUUGGUAGGUAUCGCCUCAGACAGCUGUACCUGAACAAUAGCGAAAUCUACAACAUCUCGCCGAAAGCUUUCAGCGGUCUGACGUUCCUCAGCACGCUCGACCUCAGUGACAACUUCAUCACGCAACUGCAGGGAGACGAGUUCUUCAAUAUACCCAAUCUCAGUCAUUUCUACUUGCAUAAUAAUCGCAUUUCUUCGUUAAGUGCAGAUGCGUUCGCGCACAUGCCCAGUUUGCAGCUGGUGACGUUGCACGGCAACUUGCUACAGCUUCUGCCGCCGGCCGUCGCCUCGCUGCCCUCGCCGGUGGUCACUAUCAGCCUCAGCGGCAACCCAUGGAAAUGCGACUGCGGCAAUCGAUUCCUGCUGCAGACCUGGCUGCCGGCCAACAAAGCCAACGUAAUGGACAGCAACGCCGUCCACUGUCAAGAGGACCUAUCUGCGGCUGCCAGUUCGAAUGGCAACGACAACCACACGACGAUUCUGAAGAUCUUGCCGCCGACCAAAGGCGCGACGACGGUGAAGGUUAACUUCUGGACGUUCAGCAACGAGAUCAGCAAGACAUUCUGUCACCAGAACCAUGUGCCGUCGAUGGGUGGCGACGGGGACAACGGUGGUUACAACGCGAUGGUCAUCGCCAUCGUCAUCAUCGCUACGACGGCCGUCGUGUUAAUCGCCGCGCUGUUUCUGCUGCGCUACGGCAGGGCGCUGCGUGACAGAAUCUUCUACAGGAAGUACCUAACGGACCUGAGCCUUGACUCCUACAGCAUCGACGACGAGAAGUUCGUGCGUGACGAGCUGGUCAGCCGGCUGGAACAGGAAGCGCCGUACUUUCGCAUCUGUAUGCUGUACCGGGACUUGUCCGCCGAUUCGUUUGCCAACCGCUAUUGCAUGGCCGAUGAGCUGAUGACGGCCAUGGAGAAGAGUCAGAGAGUGAUCACCGUGCUAACGGACAAUUUUAUGAGGCGAGAAUGGGAACAGGUGCAGAUUCGAACUUCGUACAAGUACCUGCUGCGAAACCGGCAGCGAAAGCUGGUACUCGUCGUGCUCGACGACAUUCCGUCGGACACUGAGCCGAUUCUUGCUCACUACUUAAGAACGAAUCGGUGCAUUCACUGGAACGAUCCGAUGUUUUGGGACAAUCUGAUGGCGGCCAUGCCACAGCCGAAACACGACGACGUACAAAAUGCAUCCGACGCGUCUCACUACAGUGAUAUAUACGGUACUGUGGUACCAAGUGAUUUUGUGUGA